AUGUGUAGUGUCCACUACAACCACUCCCUUGCUGCCAUGAGCGGAAACGACAUGAUGGCGCACUCUUUGACCCUGGAGCAGAAGACAGCAUUUGCCUUUGUGGGGAUGCUACUGGUGUUCCUGGGACUGCUGAUAGUUCGGUGUUUCAGGAUCCUGUUGGACCCCUACAGCAGCAUGCCUUCUUCCAACUGGGCUGAUGGCAUCGAGGGGCUGGAGAAAGGGACGUUUGAGUACGCCCUUACUUAA